CCAGAAUGUACCUCUGAAAUUGAAAAAAUGGCAUUCGAGGUUUUGUAUUAAAACAUUCGAAGCUUUAGGUCCUACCCCUUCUCUCCCCCGCUCGCCUAUAGUGGUGCGUGUCCUAAUGCGUGUCUCGACUGAGCUUUGAUGCUUUCGAACACUUCAGAACAGUUUCAAACAGGGGAGUGUGUCUUAGAUAGUUUUUUUCUGCUGUAGUUUGAGGUGUGCACUUUUGUAUAGAGCUUUCCACAAGUUGCACGAUUGUCUAAAAAUCGCUGCAAUCUGCAAUAAUUGCACCAAUAUAUUUGUCGGAGUUUCAUCAUUUUGUAAGAAAGGCUCUAUGUCACCUCUGGUGAUAUUAAAUCGAGGUUUUAAUACUAAAGGAUCGGAUCAAAGAUCGGAUAUCGUGAGGUUAUUUGAGAUCAUUGAAGGUCCUUCAGAGCAUUGUAUUUUAGAAGUAGUGAGAUUUACAAACGGAACAUUGUGGGCAAAGAAAAAAUCAAUAUUUACUGUUCAAACAAGUUGCGUGUGUAUUUUUAUCCGACUCAAACAAAAUUAUUUGGAGAUAACGUUAUCUUAUCGUUGCUGCAAAAACUUCAUGAACGAUAGAUUCACAAAAUCAAUUUCACCUCGGCCGUCUCUGUGGUCAGUAACGUCUCCUGAAUCCAGAGAUCUUCAAAACCACAAACCGAUGGAUCUGUACUACCACCCGAUUUCACCGCCCUGCUGGGCGGUCCUCUUGCUAGGACGCGAACUUAACCUAACCUUCAACCUCAAAGUGAUCGACAACUCCGUUCAGGGUGCCGCGCGGGAAACCUUCGUCAAGUUCAACCCGCAGCACCAGGUGCCCACCCUAGUGGACGGUGAUUUUGCCAUCGGUGAGUCCCGCGCCAUCCUGUCCUACCUGAUGGACCUCCACGCCGGAUCCGACGACCAUCCGCUCUACCCGAGAGCUCCAAAAUCCCGUGCCCUCAUCCAGCAUCGGCUCAACUUCGAUCUGGGCAUGCUGUACCGCCGGGCGUACGACUACUUCUCGCCCAUCUGGCGGUCCGGAUCGAUCGGAACAGACGCCGACAGGGAGAAACUUCGCGAGGCGCUCGGAUUUCUCGAGGAAUACCUCGGUCGGAGCGAGUACGCGGCCGGUGAUCGACUGACCAUUGCGGAUUUGGCGCUGGUGGCGAGCGUGUCCUUUAUGGAGGUGUGCCGGUUUGAGGAGCUUGCAAGCUACCCGAAAGUGAGCACGUGGUACGAACGGUGUCGGGAGGAGUUGAAGGGUUAUCAGGAGGCGGUGGCGGAUCAGUUUGCCGACGCGAGGGCGUUUAUCGAGCAGUUCAAGUGAGAUUUUGGUGAACACGUGAUUGAACCAGUUAGCAGUUUUUCUUAAUG